AUGGCUCUAGUACAUGAGGCCCGGUUACUUCUCUCCUGUCGUGGCGCAUUUGGGCAGCUCCGCUCGAUUCACGCAUCAGCAGCCCUUGCACAAGAAGCGGCUAAAAUUAAAACGUUCCAAAUCUAUCGAUGGAAUCCAGAAAAACCCGGUGAAAAGCCUCAUAUGCAAACAUACGAAAUUAAUUUGAAGGAAUGUGGUCCUAUGGUUUUGGAUGCGCUCAUUAAAAUUAAAAAUGAAAUGGAUCCAACCUUGACCUUCCGUCGUUCAUGCCGUGAAGGUAUCUGCGGCUCAUGCGCAAUGAACAUUGGUGGCACAAACACCCUUGCUUGCAUCAGCCACAUUGAUACAAAUUGCUCGAAACCAACUAAGAUCUAUCCCUUGCCGCACAUGUACGUUCUGAGAGAUUUAAUUCCCGAUAUGUCGAACUUCUACAAGCAGUACAAGAUGAUCCAACCGUGGUUGCAACGCAAGAACGAAACCACUGAGAAAAAAGGAAAAGCACAAUACUUGCAGUCCCUCGAAGAUCGCUCCAAGCUUGAUGGGCUCUACGAAUGUAUUCUAUGUGCGUGCUGUUCAACAUCAUGCCCAUCUUACUGGUGGAAUGGCGACAAGUACCUAGGACCAGCUGUCCUUAUGCAAGCUUACCGUUGGAUCAUUGAUUCUCGUGACGAAAUGACCGAGGAACGUCUCAGCAAGCUUCGCGAUCCCUUCAGCGUAUAUCGAUGCCAUACAAUUAUGAAUUGUACUCGAACAUGUCCGAAAGGUCUGAACCCCGGUUUAGCUAUCGCUGAAAUUAAGCGACUCCUUUCUGGAUUAGCUAAGAAACCGGAACCAAGAUUGGAGACAGCAGCACUACACAACAAGUAAUCUAGUCGCAAACUGUACGUUACUAGUUCACAUUUGAGAAAGUUUUCUCAAGCUUACGAAAAUAGUUUUUAACAUUGCUUCCAAGCGUAUUUUGCCCCAAUCACGAGUGGAGAUUCAAUAGUUUAUUUCGAUAUCUGUAAACUUUUUUCAAAGGGGAAAUAACCGGCACAUCGUUUUCUUCUUUAUUUUGUAGAAGAUUCAAUCAAAAUUUAUUUAUUUUGUUUCAAGACCUGCUCUCGAAUUGAAAUUUGUUUUGGUUGAAAUGCAAGUACACAGUGUAAUGUUCCAACAACCUACCUAGAUGUCUUCACAAUAUUUUACCUGUGGAAUGGAUUAUAAAUGUGAAAAUUUUAUAAUAAAGAAGAUUGUUAGAAAUUGA